UGCCGCGUCCGGCUCGGCCACCCCAAGCCCUACAAGUGCCCCGAGUGUGGCAAAGCCUUUGGCCAGAGCUCCAAGCUCCUGAGGCACCAAGUGACCCACAGCGGGGAGAAGCCCUUCGCGUGUCCCGAGUGCGGGAAGAUCUUCAGCCAAAGCUCCAACCUGGUGGAGCACCGUCGGAUCCACGCGGCUGGAGAGCCCCAUCUCUGCCCUCUCUGUGGCAAAGCCUUUGCUCUGGGGUCCUACCUGGCCAAGCAUCGCUUGACCCAUAGCGGAGAACGGCCCUUCCGGUGUCUGGAAUGUGGGAAGAGCUUCAGGCAAAGCUCCAACCUUCUCCAGCACCACCGUGUCCACAGCGGGGAGAAGCCCUUCACGUGUGGGCAAUGCGGGAAGAGCUUCGGGCAGAAUUCCCACCUGGCCAACAUAGCGGAGACCGGCCCUUCCGGUGCCUGGAAUGCGGGAAGAGCUUCAGGCAAAGCUCCAACCUUCUGGAACACCAACACGUCCACACCGGGGAGAGGCCCUUCCGCUGCGGGCAAUGCGGGAAGAGCUUCGGAUGGAGCUCGGCCUUCAGCAAGCACCAGCGCACGCACCUCGGCUGAGGGCAUCUGCCGGGGCUUCGGCACGGGAG